UUUUUUUUUUUCUUUUCAACAAAAAGAACAAGUUAAAAAAAAAAUAAACUCAUAGUGUAAAUUGUGCAAAAACAAACAAUUAAAAAUAUUGAUAAAUUUUGAAAAAAAAAUAUUAACUUUUAGACAAUUAUUAAAAGUAUCUUUGUUUCUUUUUUUUUCUCUCUCGAUCUCUCUCUUUUUCUUUCUCUCUUGAAAAAAAAAGAGAUACUCAUUGUGCUGAUCGUGACGUAAACCUCAAAAUUAAUUCAACAGUGUUAAGAAAUUGAAGAGAGAAAAAAAAGGCAAAUAAACUGUUGCAAAAUAAUUACAACAAAAUUAUUAUCAAUCCCCGAUGUUGGUCGUAGGAUUGUGCAAAUGUAGUUUACAUGCUUUUAACGAGGACAAUAUUGUACGGGGAGGCAAACCGUGAAUACCGAAGAAAGCUUCAAACACGUUUGAAGCUUUCGAGGUCGGAUUCAUGGAACUAUGAACCUGGACUCGUUAUCUUUUACUUUGUCACAAAUAAGUUAUUUGAUUGCAAAUUUAAAUAAACAAAAUUAUCGAGAAAGCUCGGAGGAAAUAACAGUUUUAGUACGGUGGAAAGGUCUAGAGGCGGACAGACACUUGCUGCGCUGUUUGUUCUCUCACGUUGAUUUUUCAACUGGUGAACCACCAUCAAUUAAUGCCAAGGAUUAUUAUCAAGUACAGCUAUUAAAACAAGAGUGUAUUAAUUUAUUGGGAAAACCAUCAUUAGUAUCAAAUAUAACAUACGCAAUCGAUCAUCCUUUGCAUCAACAACAGACACUUAAACCAUCUGGAAAAUUUUUUAAUAAUUUACGUCGUGUACUUGGUUUAACACUUGUUCAAGAAGUUGUAUUUGCAAUAGUUUUACGUCAUUCAGAACACAGUGAAUUACGUGAAUUUGCACUUGAAGAAAUUCACAAACAAUUGCCUGAAUUAAUAAAAAAUUAUUUAAAUUCAGAUAAUAAUAGUAAACAAGAACAAGAAGAAGGUUUACACGAUUCAUCACCAGAAGUAUUACAUUUAAUAUUAUCAGAAACACUUGCUGAUAAAAAUACAUUUGGUUUAUCAAUUGAAUCUAAAGAAAAAUUUUUAAAAACUUUACGUCGUGAUUUUCCCCGUGGACUGGUACCAGUGGUGCUUGCACCACUAUUAUAUCCAGGUGACGGGGAAACACCUCACGUUAAUAAAGAAUUUAUAAUGGCAUCAAAUCAAAUGGAUGGUGGUUCGCUUGUCGAACUCAUCAUGGAACUUGGUUAUGGAUUUACAAGUAAUGUUGAUGAAUGUAGAACAGCACUUGCAAAUCUUGGUGCUAGAGAAAUAUCACCACUUGCUGCUGCUCGUGUAUUAGCACAUAUGGCAAGAACAUGUAGUGGUCUUGAUGAUGCUGGUGGUUUACAAACAUUUUGGGGUAAUAAUACAUCAGCUAAUAGUAAUAAUAAUAAUACUGAUAGUAAUAGUAGUAAUAAUACUAAUAGUAAUAAUAAUAAUAAUAAUAGUAAUAAUAAAGAAAAGUCAAAUGAUGGUAAUACACCAGCAACAACUUGGAAUGUUGAAAUUUUUAUACAAACAUUAAAAGAUAUACAAUCAACAUUAUCAUGGAAUGAAGUUAUUGUUAAACUUGAUCAUGCAGAAUUUCAUAUAAAAGAUCGUCAAGGUUUAAAUUUAUUAAUAACUGGAUUAAGAUUGGGUCUUCAAGUUCAAGGUUAUCCACUUGAUAUGUUUCCAGUUGAAUUAUUUUAUCGUCAUUGGGAUAAUGUUGAGGGACAAUUUUCAUUAAUUCAACAAAUAUUACAAAAUCCAGAUAUAUUUUGUUUUGCUGAUUAUCCAUAUCAUUCAGUAACUGUUGAUGCAUUAAAAGCAGCACCAGAAAGUGAUAGUAAAGAAGCACAAACAUGGAGAUCACUUAAUGUUGUUGAAUUAUUAUUACAUAUGGCUGAACGUGGUUUAUAUGGACCAGUACAUGAAAUAUAUAAAUGGCCAAUUCAACAUUGUCCAGAUGUUCUUACAUUAGCAUUAUUACAAAUAAAUCCACCAAUAACAAUAUUACGUCAAGAAUUAUUAACAAAAUUAAUGCCAUUAUUUUUGGGUAAUCAUCCAAAUUCAACAGUAAUAUUACAUAAUGCUUGGCAUGUUAAUAAUGGUAAAAUAAAAGGUAUUGUUAUGCAUUCAAUGAGUGAAUGGUAUUCACGUGGUGAUCAUGAUCAAACAAGAUUAUCAAGAAUUUUAGAUGUUGCACAAGAUUUAAAAGCAUUAUCACCAUUACUUGGACUACAAUCAUUUUCAUUUGUUAUUGAUUUAGCAUGUUUAGCAUCAAGACGUGAAUAUUUAAAACUUGAAAAAUGGCUAACAGAUAAAAUACGUGAUAAUGGUGAAGCAUUUAUAACAGCAUGUAUUAAAUUUUUACAAAAAAGAUGUCCACAAAUUAUUAAUCCAAAUAUUAAAGAAGAUUCAACAGUGCCAAAAGCAAGUCAAUUACCACAAGAAACAAUAACAACAAUGUUAGCAUGUUUACAAAGUUUUGCUGGUAAUUUAACACAAGAAUGCUCAGAAACAAUUAUGACAAUGGUACAAAAUUGUAAUUUAAUGUUAAGUAAAAAUACAAUAACACGUCCAUUACCACCACCAGGUGUAUUACGUCAUCCUGGUUUAGUUGAUCCAUUUAAUAGUGGUAAAUUAACAAAUCCAUUAUUUACAACAAAAACAGUUGAUACACUUUGUAAUUUAACAACAAAUAUUGGAACAAUGAAUUUAGGAUCAGCAUUAGGACCACCUGGUAGUAAUUCAGCAUUUAAUUUACCUGGUGUACUUGGUCCACUUGUAACAGCACCUGGUUCACCAUCAAGAAUAAUGGGUCAAUCACCAAAUCAAUUUCCCAUGGUACCAGCAUUACCAUCACAAUUACAUCCUGGUGGACCAGUUGGUACACAAGGACAAAAUGUUAUACAAUCUGGUUCAACAACAUUAACUGGACAACUUGGUCGUUUAGGUGCACCAACAAAUAUUGAUAAAUCAUCAAGAUUAGCUGAUACAUCAAAUUUAUUUCCUGAUAUACCACAAAAUUUAUCAAAAGAAAUGGAAGAUGAAGCUAAUAGUUAUUUUCAAUUAAUAUAUAAUCAUCCACCACAUCCAACAUUAUCAAUUGAUGAAGUACUUGAAAUGUUAAAAAAAUUUCAAGACUCAACAAUAAAACGUGAACGUGAUGUAUUUCAUUGUAUGCUUAGAAAUUUAUUUGAAGAAUAUAAAUUUUUUCCUGAUUAUCCAGAUAGAGAACUUCAUAUAACAGCACAAUUAUUUGGUGGUAUUAUUGAAAAAGGAUUAGUUAAUAAUUAUAUGACACUUGGACUUGCAUUAAGAUUUGUAUUAGAUGCAUUAAGAAAACCUGAUAAUAGUAAAAUGUAUUAUUUUGGUAUUGCUGCAUUGGACAGAUUUAAAACUAAAUUAAAAGAAUAUCAAACUUAUUGUGAACAUGUUAGAACAAUACAAAAUUUUAAUAAAUUUCCACAACAUUUAAUUGAUUAUGUUGAAUUUGGUUUACAAUCACAAGAACCACCAACAAGACCACAAGGACCAGUUUUACCUAAAAAUUUAGCAACAAUGCUUACGCCAAGCACAAAUACAACAACAUCAUCAUCAUCAACAACAACAUAUAAAGCUGUUACAACAACAAGUACAACAAUAACAACAACAAGUACAACACAAAUUAAAUCAUUAACAACAACAUCAUCAUCAUCAGCAACAACAGUAUCAACUAGACCAUCAAUUGCAAAUGCAACAAAUAUUGAUACAUUAUUAGUUGCUACUGAUAAAGAAGAAAAAAUAACUCCACCACCAGAAACAUUACAAGAUAAAACAGCAUUUAUAUUUAAUAAUUUAAGUCAACUUAAUUUACAACAAAAAUGUGAUGAAAUACGUGAUAUUGUAACUGAAGAAUAUUGGCCUUGGAUGGCACAAUAUCUUGUCAUGAAACGUGCAAGUAUUGAGCUUAAUUUUCAUGUAUUAUAUUCAAAUUUUUUGGAUUGUCUUAAAGUACCAGAAAUAACAAGAAUGGUUACACGUGAAACUUUUAGAAAUAUUAAAGUUUUACUUCGUAGUGAUAAGGGAAUUGCUAAUUUUUCUGAUCGUUCAUUAUUAAAAAAUCUUGGUCAUUGGCUAGGUAUGUUGACAUUGGGAAGAAAUAAACCAAUAUUACAAAUUGACAUUGAUUUAAAGAGUCUUUUAGUUGAGGCAUAUCAUAAAGGACAACAAGAAUUAUUAUAUGUUGUUCCAUUUGUAGCAAAAGUACUUGAAAGUUGUGCUAAAAGUAAAGUUUUUAAACCACCAAAUCCUUGGACAAUGGCUAUUAUGAAUACAUUAGCUGAACUUCAUCAAGAACCAGAUUUAAAAUUAAAUCUUAAAUUUGAAAUUGUUAUAUUGUGUAAAAAUUUAAGUAUUGAUGUUGCUGAUUUAAAGCCAAUUGUUUAUUUAAAAGAUUCAGAAAAAUUGAGAAAUCUUGAGUAUCAAUUAUCACAUUUAAAUAAAAAAUCAGAAACAGCAGUAAUUCAACAAUCACCACAACAACAACAACAACCACAACAAGCAUCAAUUCAACCAUCAACAAUGGAAGAACUUGUUGGAUCACAAUCAUUAGUACCAAUUGUACAACAACAGCAGCAACAGCAACAACAACAACAGCAACAACAACAGCAGCAGCAACAACAACAGCAGCAACAAGCAUCACUUUCACAGCCAGCAUCAACUACACCAUCAUUACCAACUGGUCCACCAGAACCACGUUUUAAUUAUCUAGAAAUAAAUGUUAGUAAUAUUGCAAAUAUUGCUCCACACAUAAGCAUCAAUAGUCAAUUGCCACUUUGGCAAAGUCAUCCACAUAUGAAACAAUUUGUACGUCCUUCAAUUGAACGUGCAAUACAAGAAUGGAUACAUCCAGUUGUUGAUCGUUCAAUUAAAAUAGCAUUAACAACAAGUGAACAAAUAAUACGUAAAGAUUUUGCUCUUGAUCAUGAAGAAACACGUAUGAGAAUUGCUGGUCGUAAUAUGGUCCGUAAUUUAACAGCUGGUAUGGCAAUGAUAACAUGUCGUGAUCAAAUAUUAACAUCAAUAAGUACAAAUUUAAAAAAUGCAUUUAUAAGUUCAGCAACAGCAACACCACAAUUAAAAGAUAUUGCUGAACAAGCAGCAAAUAUUAUUGCUGCAGAUAAUAUGGAACUUGCAUGUACAUUUGUACAAAAAACAGCUGUUGAAAAAGCUAUACCAGAAAUGGAUAAACGUUUAUUAAAUGAUAUUGAAUUACGUAAAAUAGCUAAACAAGAAGGACGUAGAUAUUAUGAUCAAUUAACAAAAUAUCAAGCUGAAAGAAUGCCUGAACAAAUACGUCUUAAAACUGGUGGUAUAACUGUACAACAAAUGAUUGUUUAUGAAGAAUUUGCAAGAAAUAUACCUGGUUUUUUACCAUUAUCAGAAAGAGAUGCACAAGCAUUAUAUUUACCAAAAACAGAUACAUCAAGUGUUGCAUCAUUUCCAGUUGGUAAUUCAACAACACUACCAAUACAACAAACAUCACAACAAGCUGUUUAUGCUGCUGCAGCGGCAGCAGCUUCAGCAGUACCACCACCUCCACCACCACCACAGCCACAUCAGCAGCAACAACAACAACAACAGCAGCAGCAACAACAGCAACAACAACUACAACAACAAGUACCACCACCACCAAAUUCAGCAAUAGCAGUACCACCAUCAUCAACAGUAGUAGCAUCAUCAACAGCUGUAGCACCAGUAUCAGUACCAUCAGCAGUUAAUAAUGAUGAAAUUGGUACAAUGUUAGAAAAAUUAGCAGGUGAUGUUGAUGUAUUAUUAACGGCAAUGGGACCAACACCACAACCACAACAACAAGCAUCACUUCAUAGUAUACUUGAAUCAUUAAUGAUAACAAGACGUUCACGUGAUGCUGGUGCAGCAAUGGCAUUAUUAAAAAAAUCAGUUGAAUGUAUACUUGAUUUACAAUCAUUAACAAGUGGUAUUAUGGAAUCAGAAAUAGCAUUAAGAAUACGUGAUUUACAUUUACGAAUUUUAAAAUGUUUACAAGAUCCACGUGCAUAUGGUAUGCAAUGGACAAAUAAACAUGUUACAAGAUGUUUAACUGAAUGUCGUGAUGAGUAUCGUUUUAAUUUUGAGGCUGUUGAUUGUUUAAUAAGAUCACAUUUAAUAAGCUUUUUACAAUUUGAUUUAUCAUUAGCACAAUCAAUGGAUACUGGUAGUGCAAUGGCAACUGCAUUUGCAAUGCAACUUGUUAGUACAUAUUUAGUUGAUGAACGUCAAACAAUACAUGUUACUGAAUCUGAUUUAUAUAAUACAAUUGAAAUGUUAGCUAGAAUGUCACAUCAUAGAUCACCACCAGAGGGUAUAUCAUUAUUUAGAUUAACAAAUUUAAUUGAAUCAUUACGUAUUAAUCAUGAUCCAGCAGUACUUGCUGAUCGUCCACCAGUUGGACCAACAGCACAUAUACAUUCUGGUAUAUUACAAGCAAGAGCACGUGAUUUUGAUGAUCCACCAGGUCUCAUGGAAAAAACUGAAUUUUUAUUACGUGAAUGGGUUACUUUACAUCAUAGUCCAGCAAAUGCACGUGAUCCAACAAGAGCAUUUGGUCAAUUUGUACAACAAAUGAAUAUACAUGGUAUACUAAAAACAGAUGAUUUAAUAACACGUUUUUUUAAAUUAAGUACACAAAUGAGUGUUGAUUUGUGUUAUCGUGCAUUAGCUGAUCCAGCAGCAGCACCAUCAAUAAUACGUGCAAAAUGUUUUCAUACACUUGAUGCAUUUGUACGUCUUGUUGCAUUACUUGUUAAACAUUCUGGUGAUGCAACAAAUACACAUACUAAAAUUAAUUUAUUAAAUAAAGUAUUGGGUAUUGUUGCUGGUGUAUUAUUACAAGAUCAUGAAAUGCGUGGUACUGAUUUUCAACAAUUACCAUAUCAUCGAAUAUUUAUUAUGUUAUUUUUGGAAUUAUGUGCACCUGAGCCAGUACUUGAAGCUGUUAAUUAUCAAGUAUUAACAGCAUUUUGUCAUACAUUACAUAUAUUACGUCCAGCAAAAGCAUCUGGUUUUUGUUAUGCUUGGCUUGAACUUGUAUCACAUCGUGUAUUUAUUGGACGUAUGUUGGCAAUAACACCACAACAAAAAUGUUGGGGAAUGUAUGCACAAUUAUUAAUUGAUUUAUUUAAAUAUUUAGCACCAUAUUUACGUAAUGCUGAACUUGCUAAACCAGUAACAUUACUUUAUAAAGGUACAUUACGUGUGCUAUUGGUAUUAUUACAUGAUUUUCCAGAAUUUUUAUGUGAUUAUCAUUAUGGUUUUUGUGAUGUUAUACCACCAAAUUGUAUACAAAUGAGAAAUUUAAUAUUAAGUGCAUUUCCAAGAAAUAUGAGAUUACCAGAUCCAUUUACACCAAAUUUAAAAGUUGAUAUGUUACAAGAAAUAGCAGUUGCACCACGUGUAUUAACAAAUUUUUCAUCAAUGAUUGUGCCAAUAACAUUUAAAAAAGAACUUGAUUCAUAUUUUAAAGCACGUGCACCUGUUACAUUUUUAUCUGGUAUACGUAGUUAUUUACAAGUAUCACAUGAUGCUGGUAUGCGUUAUGAUAUACAAUUAAUGAAUGCACUUGUACUUUAUGUUGGUACACAAGCAAUAACAUUUAUACGUAACAAGGGACAUACACCAAAUAUGUCAACAAUUGCACAUUCAGCACCAAUGGAUAUAUUUCAAAAUUUAGCUGUUGAUCUUGAUACUGAAGGACGUUAUUUAUUUUUAAAUGCAAUUGCUAAUCAAUUACGUUAUCCAAAUAGUCAUACACACUAUUUUAGUUGUACAUUAUUGUAUUUAUUUGCUGAAGCUAAUACUGAAGCAAUACAAGAACAAAUAACACGUGUUUUGUUGGAACGUCUUAUUGUUAAUAGACCACAUCCAUGGGGUUUACUUAUUACCUUUAUUGAACUUAUUAAAAAUCCAACAUAUAAAUUUUGGACACAUGAGUUUGUUCAUUGUGCACCAGAAAUUGAAAAACUCUUUGAAUCAGUUGCAAGAUCCUGCAUGGUUCAAAAACAAGUACAACCAACACCUGAGCCUGAAUUACCAGAGUGAUAGAAACGACAAAAAAGGUUCAAUUAUUUUUCUUCCCAGUCACGAAUAACUAUUUUUUUUUUUUUCAUUUUUUUAAAAAUUCUAUAUUAUUCGGUUGUCAUUUAUUAUUAUAUAUAAUACAUUAUUAAUAUUCAUUAGAUAAUUUAGCUACUCAUGUAAAAAAAAAAAUAAUUCUUUAACUACGCCUAUAAGUGUGUAUAACUUUUUUUUUUUCUUUUUUAAAUUAAAUUAGAAAUCGAAUUUUUUUUUUUCUUUUCCUUUAAUUUAAUGUAAUAUUAUUAAAUUUAUUUUUGUUCAAAUUUAUUAUAUAUAUAUACAUUUUCAAUGCGGAUAAACGAAACAAUAAGUAACAAUAAUAAUUAUAUCGAUUUGUAAGUUUGAGUGACUUUAGUUGUAAAUUAAAAAGUAAAAAAAAAAAAAAGAAAAAAUAACAAAAAAAAAAAAAAAAAACAUUUAGUGAUAAUUAGAGUAUGAAGUUAAUGAUACAAUUGAUAUGUUGAUAUUUUUAAAAAAAAUAUUUAACUGGUAACUGUAUAAAAUACAAAUUAUAUGUAGAUAUACAUACUUGCAUAAGAAUUAGAUAAUUAAGAUAAAUGAAAAGUGUUUCAAUAAAAUAAACUAAAAAAUAAAAAUUGUUUAAAA